AUGGAAAAGCCUUUACCAAGGAAGUUUAAGAUGCCCCAAAUAACUUCUUACUAUGGCAAGGAUGAUCCUUACGAUCACAUACAGAACUACGAGUCUUUGAUGAUGCUUCAUGGAUGGGACGAUGAGAUAAUGUGUAGGGCCUUCCCGUUAACCCUAGUUGAGCAUGCUCGGGCUUGGUUUAAUGGUUUACUCGAAGCAUCCAUUUCCUCGUUUGGGCAGCUAAAGACAGAAUUUAUCAAAGCAUUCAUUAUUAACAGCCAGAGGAAGAAAGACGCGACAUACCUCCUUAGCAUUCGACAUGGGAGCAAAGAGACCCUACGCCAUUAUGUGGACAGAUUUCAGAACGCAACAUUUGAGAUUCACAACCUACCGAUUGAGAUGGCAGUGUCUGCCAUGUUCCAAGGGGUGCAACUGACUUCCUUCCAAGAAUUCCUAUCCUUAGACCCACCAAAAUCCUUGAUAGAUUUGUUCGUCAUGGCUAAUAAAUAUAUACACCAUAUAGAAGUAAUGAGGACUGUGGCAAUGAAUGAAGACAGGGAGAAGAAAAGAAAGAAGCGAGAUAUUGAAAAAGAUUUUAAUCGGCGACAAGAGAGGACCCGAAGACUGGGUGAUGUCAGGCCCCAGUUCAAUCACUAUACCCAGCUCACCCAACCUCGAUCUACCCUAUUGGCAGCUAUAGAAGGAUCAAGCCUAAUCAGACUUUAA